AUGUUCAUGCGAGUUAGCCGCUGCUGUUUGGUUUGGCUCAUUAAACCUGUUGAACUGCGGCGGCUUCAGGAGAGGGUCCGUGAGUUGGAGGCGGAACGAGCCCAGCUGCACCAGGAGCGGGAGGCCGGUCCUAGUCUGAGAGGACAAGUGGACAACCCAGGGACUACAGAGCGUGUCAUCUACCUUCCUCGUGAACGAAAGUGCCCCAUGUUUCGAGGAACUCACGGGAUUGGGAUUGAUGACUGGGUGGAGGAGUCGAGGAGCACCUAA